GGCAAAUCGGCGGAUCGUCCAUCCAUUAUUCAAUCUGGCGAUCGCGGCCGUUGUCGCGCUGAAGGGGAGCCUAAUCGCGACGGGAGAGUCAAGCCGGACGCGACGAAGAGACGACGACGUCAACGGCCAAUCUGCGGGCCCGAAUCACGCCGGGUGUCGGCCAAAUCAAAUGGGGAACAAAGUGCGUCUCUCGGGCAUCGUCUGUUGCAAGGACCUUGGCGCCAUUGUGCUCCCCUUUAGACACUCCGUGUCACCGUGCAUAACUUGUCUGUAUUGCGUCGCCACAGCACGGAUGACACGUGCCGGCGAUUUGCAUGCCGGCUCCUGGUACCGACCCCGGACCAAGCCCAAUGUGCACUUGGACCACGAUACCACGUCGCCUUAAUUGGACUUGAUGGACUAUUUUGUUCGCGAAUUCUUCUCUCGCGCGCUUCUCGCGCAAUAACUGGGUCAGUUCCAAGCUGCGGUGUGACGGCUACGAAUUCAAUUUUUUCUUCGAUAUCUUUUAUAUUUAUGGAAAAAUUAAAUGAGGAAUUUGGGAAACGUUUUGCAUUGCUAAUACUAAUGCAAAAAGUGACGGGGAUGACUUAAUUUAAAUUUUGUUAAAUAUUCGACACAGCACUUUUAUAUCUUGAAGAGAUAGGUGGAAACAUUUCUAAAGAACGUGCUACGUUAGGAUGCUCAAAAUAAUAAAAAGUGUAUAAAUUAAAAUAAAAAAUUUAGCAAUUAUAUUUUAAUUUGUUGUUCUAGUUGCAACUAAGUGUUCUCUUUAUAACAAAGAUGCCUGCCAAAAAUAAUAAAAUUUUCUUGAACAUGACUUUACUCGAGCUUUCUUUUAUUCAACCUUCUGUUUAACCGUUUUCUUUUAGCUAUCGCGUCACGAUUUCGCGAGGAUCAAAGAAAAAGACCAUGUCGCGCUAUUCUUCAGAUACUGUGGUUAUCACAGGACUUCGGUUCACGUGUCGCGACAAAAGAGAAAGGCAAGAGGAAUGCGCGCGGAAAAGUUUCGAUAGCAACUCUAAUCGUGAAUUAGAGAAGCACAUAAGGAUAAGGAGUGAAACGAACGAUUGAAAACGACACGGAGAGCUGACGAACGGAGAGCAUAAGUGGGGGGCACCUGCGAGUGUUUCUCGGCCAACAUCCACACACGGCAUCGCAAGGUAGAACGGCUAAUUGCAGUUGUACCUGCGUCACCUGUGCGCCGCCGUACUCGCGAUUUUGUUUCCGCAUCGGAUACGCAUUCGUUCUCCAAAGCCGCCUUCUCGCACUUUUGCACACUUUCGUUGCUGUACCUUUUAAGAAUACUUUUCGUAUUAUUUUUUUCAAAUUGGAAUCAUGCGACGAGGAUCUGUUAGUAGUUGGCAGUCCUAUGGACAGCGAAAUUACUGCAUGAUGCAGACAUAUGAGGGUAACACUGCGUUACCUCCGCCUUGCGAGGAAAUUGUCCAUGAACGAAAAGGCGGUUGGUUUUUAACGUACAAAAAGAUCCUCUCCUUCAUUGUCCUGUUCGUGAUCGUUGUGGUCGUCGCCGGUCUGAUCGGUUGGAAUCUCGGCACGAUGCCCAAAAGGAAAAUAUACGAUCCAUUAGCUCUUAUUGAGAACGAGGUGGAGGAAGGGGACGAUGUCGUUGUUGCCUCGAUAUCGCCUUACGUUCAUCCUUUGAGAUAUAAUCUUGAAUUGACGCUGUCGAACGACGUCAACGCGACAUCGAAGCUGAAGGGGCAAACCGUCAUCGAAUUUCGUGUAGACGACACAACCCCAUUAGAUAAAUUGUCUCUAAAUGCGAGAAACAUCACGGUGACGCGUUACAAGCUGUCGCUCAUGGAAGAGAACGGCGCGCGAGCAAAAAGGAGGCGUAGGAGACGCGCCGAGGAUGAUACGGGCGGCCAAGAGAACUCUGACAAUGCGACUACCAUUUUGGCCUCUGCCGUCACGUCGUCUUCGCAAUUGGAAAAUCAGGAAACAGUUGUUACGGAACAUCCUCCGGGAAAUGCGACCGUCUCGGGAAACGAAACUGCUUCCUCGACAAGUGAAAGCUUGUCGAUGCCCGAUGAGAAGACCACGGAAUCCGCGAACACGACGACAGAAUCUGAAUCGACUACGGUCACUUCCGGCGAUAGAAACGUAACCGACGUGAAGAUCGAACGAUACGAGGUGGAUGCUAAUAACGGAUUACAUGUGAUAUAUCCGGCCGUCGCCGUGAGCUCAGGAACGUACAGCUUGGAGAUCGAUUACGAGAUUUUGCUUGAUGGCAAAGCGAUUUAUUCCGCAGGCUUCAACGAGUCCCGUGAAGGAAGACCGGUAAUCGGGACGCGGUUGAAACCUAUGGGAGCUUCACAUCUUUUGCCUCUUUUCGAUGAUGUGAAUCUCAAGGCUAUCUUCUCGGUGUCCGUGAUACGUCCGCGUGAAACAAAAGUCCUAACGAACAUGCCUGUUAAUAUUUCCAAAGACAUAUCGGAUGAUCGGGUAAUCGACAUCUUCAGCGAUACUCCAUUGUUGUCGCCUUACAAUCUAGCUUUCGUAAUGGGCGAGAUCGGGUCAUUAGGCGAGACGAAAACGGGACUUGAUAACACGACAGGAGUGACUUUCUGGGGCGAUCCGAAGAGGCGAUCCCGAGGAAUUUACCUUCUCGACAAACUUGACCAAAUUGUUGUACGUUUUAACGAUAUAUUCUCGAUGCCUUAUCCGCUACCGAAAUUGGAUAUCUUUGCAUUACCGUCGCAAAUCGUCGAUAAUGCCGGAAACCUGGGAUUGAUAUCAUUAAAGCAAUCGCUCUUCUACGCCGCGGAUCGAUCUCCCAUGGUCACAAAGACGGACGCGUUAAGCGCUCUGAUAAGCCUGAUAGGAGAACAAUGGUUGGGCGGCGUCGUGAACAUGAAGAACUGGACGGACGUUUGGCUACUUGAAGGCACCACUCUUCACUUGCGACACGCGAUGAUCGAGAAGAUAGACUCAUCACUGGGCUCCAAUCUUGCCUUUCUCGCUAACGUACAAUGGGAUGCCAUGGAAGAAGAUAGUUACACCGUUUCAAAGCCUCUGCAAUCAAACGUCAAUCCUGCCUAUCUGGAUUUCUCGGAUGACAAUGCUCGACACAAAAAAGGUGCAUGCUUGAUUCGCAUGUUGCAUGGCGUGAUAAACGAUACCGCCUUUAGGAACGGCUACCGGAAAUUCAUAGCGAGGUGGAACUAUUCGACAGCAAACGUCAACGACUUCUGGGAAGCGAUGGCGGAAGAAACCAUAGGUUUACCCAUAGAAAUCACGUUGUCCGAGGCGAUGAAUUCUUGGACUUUGCAUCGCGGAUAUCCGAUUGUCAGCGUCCAGAGGAAAUACGAGGAAGGCACCGCCGUCAUUCGACAGCAAAGAUUUACGUAUGACCAAUCACCGUCUGACACUCAACCGACGUGGUACGUGCCGCUCGACUAUAUUAACAAAUCAAGCAAUGAUUGGUCAUCUCCGACAAAGACAUGGUUGCAUUCCGAAGAGGAAAUUGUAGUGCAUAAUGUUGGUGCUUAUGAUUCCUGGGUUGUGUUCAAUGUGAAUAAAACAGGUUAUUAUCGUGUGCACUAUGACGAGGAAAAUUGGAAGCUCCUGACGAAGGCUUUCGAGGAAAAUCACGAGGCCUUUCCGCCAGAAACUAGGGCGUCGCUCAUCGACGAUGCGCUUGGACUUGCCGCGGUCGGCUUGACGAAAUACGCGACCGCUUUUGACUUUAUUAAAUAUAUGCAAAUGAAAGAACGGCAUUACGCUCCCUGGGGUGCUUUGAUGCGUCACCUGUUCAAGUUAAACGGUCUUCUUUACGAGACGUCUGGUUUUAGCGAGUUUCAGGAAUUUACAUUAAGAUUUACUUCAAAACUGUACUCGGACGUGGGGUGGAAAAUCGAUGAGGGAUCUCGACUAACUUUGAUCGCUCUUACGAUAGCGUGCGCGUUUGAGAACUCGGAAUGCCUCGAGUGGGCCAGGAUUCAUUAUGAGAAACUGAGAGACCAUUCAGAUGCAGACGAAAUUGUACCAGCUUAUGCGCGUGAAAUACUGUACUGCAUGGUUGCUCGAUACGGCACGCGAAACGAGUGGAAUUUCUUCAUCGAGAAGGCAAAUUCCACUGCGGAUCGAGAUGAAAAGAAUCGUCUUUUAUCGGCGUUUGGAUGCUUUCAGACGCCAUGGAUUCUGCAAUCGAUACUUAGCGAGCUUCUCGAAGGAAAGAUGUACAACGAGGACGAGACGCAAAGGAUCUUAAGAAGUUUUCCGCAAAACCCAGUCGCUGCGGAAAUCGCCUCCAAGUUCGUCCAAAAUAAUUGGCAGGUUAUCGUCACAAGAUUCUCCAAAUCUCGUCGGAUCCUAAAAGCUUUCGCAUUGGCGAUGACGAACGGCUUGAUCAGCGAGGAAGACUUUGAAGAUUUUCAGACUUUCAGCGAGUCCAAUCUCGAAAGCAUAAAGAUCGUGGGAUAUAACAUGGCGAUGGUCGAGGCGCAUGCUAAAUUCGCGAUAAAGUGGUUAAAGGAAUCCUUGCCGGAAGUGCAGGAGUGGCUAACCGCGAACAAUUCCACGGAGGCAUCGAUAUGAAUAAUUGUGAGGUCUGUCGGGUGCAGAGAGCGGGAUGAAGAGGAAAUUACGUCCCCACCCCGCGCACCCUGUAAAAUCUAUCGAUUCGCCUUCGUCGUCGUGGCAGUCGGCACUCGCACGCAGAAAAGAACUGCGGAGGGAACUUUCUUUUCUACGACAACAAGUUUUUAUUUCUCCGUAUGCUUUUGUCAAGCAUGAUUACAAAACCAAGCAACAAGAAUCUCGUCCUUAUAUCGUGUUAGCCUUAGAACGACGGUCGUUAGUAUAAUCAGUUUAGUAGGUACAUAUUUAACAAACGAUAUACAUAAUAAUCGUAUCUAACGGUAAUUAUUCCAUUAUUAUUCCAAUGUUUUACCGUAAAACUCUCCCCGUUCUCGCUCACGCGAGAAGUGGCGCUCUAUUGCUAUACGGUACGCUCGUUUUACAACGCACUAUGUUAUCUCGUUUACAAUAAUCUAUCCGUACCGUCCUUUUACUCCUCCCUCGUCUUUAGCCUAAACUCGUUAAAUGCGUUUAAUAUUCGCAAGCUAUCAGAUACGCAGUUCAGGGGUUGGAAGCGAUGAUUUAUCGUCAGUUGGGACACUCGGGGCGUUAGAAAGUUAAACUGCCCGGCGAUUAAAGUCGAGGUCUCAAAGGCACCGCGAGGCCGUACCUCGCUCCUCGCGUGUGCUGUCCAGACCCCUUCGAGACGAAGUUAAAAUCGCGGAACUGCACAACGCCGAUUUCACACACCUCGGCGACGUCCAACCCACUUUUUACAAUGCAUUUAGCGCUAAAUGCGACUCUUCCUACGCCGUAUCCGCACGGUAACGCGAACGGUUCGCAAACAUGUACGUUUAACGCUAAAUACAGCCGCCUUUGUUUUUUUUUUUCACCUUAUAUCGAGUAACAUAUCCUCACACUUGGACAAGCUGCAGAGAUGAUAUUAAAAGAAUUGGACAGCCGCGUGUAACUGUGGCCGCACAGUUUUCAUCUAAUAUGUCUGCGUUAUGCGAGAAUUCUCUCGUAUCGAAUCCAGCGCACUUGGCGCCGAAGGCGCCAUUCAUCUGUUUGGAAAUAAAAUUUCUCGGUGUACGAGAACUUCAAAAAAUGUGUUUAUUUUCCGGUCUCUCACACGUUGCAGGGAUUAUUUUUGUGAAACGAGACGUACCCGCUUCUAACGAAGCAUGUGGAUUAUAUUGCAAGUGAA